AUGAGAAUACUAUGUGUUGCCGAAAAACCAUCGAUUUCAAAAGAGGUGGCAAACAUUUUGGGAGGAGGGCGAAAAAAAGUAAGAAACUCACGAGAAAAAUUCAUCAAAAACUACGAUUUCACCUUCACUUUCAACUCUGAAGAUGGGCCAUGUCAAGUAACCAUGACUUCGGUGGCUGGACAUAUCACAGGACUUGAUUUUGGGUCUGCCUUUUCGUGGGGAAAUUGUGUUCCCGGGCGACUAUUUGAAGCAGACAUCAAGACCAUUAUCACCAAGAAAUCUAUUUAUGAAAAUAUUGCAGAAGAGGCAAGAAACGCUGAUAAGUUGAUGAUCUGGACAGAUUGUGAUAGAGAAGGAGAAUACAUUGGAUUUGAAAUUAUGAAUGCUGCAAGAAAAUACAAUAGGAACCUUGGGUUAAACAAUAUUUGGCGAGCUAGGUUUUCACAUCUUGAACGAAAUCACAUUAUUCGAGCAGCAAAAAAUCCCGUGAAUUUGGAUAUGAGUGCAGUUUCUGCAGUUUCUUGUCGUAUGGAAAUCGAUCUUCGAGUGGGUACCAGUUUUACACGUUUGUUGACUGAUCAAUUGAGACAAAAGGGGAUAAUUGAAAAGAAUGAACUAGCUUCUUAUGGUACAUGUCAAUUCCCGACAUUGGGGUUUGUUGUUGAUCGAUACAAACGAGUCAAGAGUUUUACACCGGAACCAUUCUGGUAUAUUGAGAUUGAAACUAGGAAAGAGAAUAAAAAGACAAUUUUCAAUUGGGUUCGAGGUCAUUUUUUCGACAAGAUGUAUGUGGUUAUGCUUUAUGAUCGAUGCUGCAAAAGUGGAGAAUUUGGAACCAUAUCAAAAAUAGAAUCAAAACGGAAACCAAAUUUCCGUCCAUUCCCAUUGACAACCGUGGAGUUACAAAAAGAUUGUGCUAGAUUUUUUAAGAUGUCUGCUAAGACGGCGUUGGCAGCUGCUGAAAGACUUUAUAACCUAGGGUAUUUGUCGUAUCCUAGAACUGAAACUGACAGGUUUGCCAAAGAAACCGAUUUCAAGAGCUUACUAGAGGUGCACAAACAAGAUCCGCGAUGGGGAAGCUAUACAACAAAGCUUUUGAACGAAGGUUUCGAAACUCCUCGAAGCGGUUCUCAUGAUGAUAAGGCGCAUCCUCCAAUCCAUCCUAUCAAAUAUGUUUCUUUGGACACCCUAAACACCCUCGAUGAAAAGAAAGUGUAUGAAUACGUUGUGCGACGCUUUAUUGCCUGUUGCUCCAAAGAUGCUGUUGGUACGCAAACCGUGGUGACUUUAAAAUGGGGAGAUGAAUUCUUCACCGCAAGUGGAUUAAUGGUGCAUGAAAAAAAUUAUUUGGAAGUGUAUACUUACAAAAAAUGGGAAAGCUCUAAACAACUACCGAAAUUUACAGAGGGAGAACAGGUCAAGUUGUCGAGUGGAAUAUUGAAAGACGGUAAAACAAGUCCACCCAAUCAUAUGACCGAGCCCGAGCUAAUUGCAUUGAUGGAUGCCAACGGUAUUGGAACCGAUGCUACUAUCGCUGAACAUAUUAACAAAAUAGAGACUAGGCACUAUAUUAAUAAAUUGAAAAAGGGGAAAAAUGAAUAUAUUCUUCCUACUCCUUUAGGAAUGGGGCUUAUAGAAGGCCUUGAAAAAAUGGAAUUUGAAGAUGUAUCACUAUCGAAACCAUUUUUGCGGAAGUCGUUGGAACGAUCACUUGAGGACAUAGCAACCGGGUCCCGGCCAAAAGUGGAUGUUUUGAAUACAACAAUAGGCGUAUAUGUUGACGCUUAUAGUGUUUGUUCUCAUCAGAUACUUGUUUUGUGCAAUGAAUGUAGGAGAAUUAUACUUGGAAAUAGCAGUAACAACAACAACAACAAUAAUAAUAAUACGUAA